AGGUCCGGUCAUCUCACAGCGCAUCCCAUUACCUUUACUGGAGGCCAGAAGCCGAGGAUAUGGCGGCAGCAAGUUAUGAGGAAAUAAAAGUUAACGACAAAUUAUAAAUGUGGCUGAGUUGUUUUCGUUUAUAUGUUGUUUUGGAAAGCCAUGACGCCCUCACAGAAAACCCGGUACGGAUGCGAGGCGGCACGUAACGCUAAAUGGAGAGCUGCAGCUCCUCCGGUCCCCUUGUUGAAGCGUGCUGGUGGGGCACCCCAGCCAUGGCCCAUUCACCCCCACCGCAAGGUACAGGUUCACAGGUCCCACUUCCCCCCUCCUCCUCCUCCUCCUCCUCCUCCUCCUCACCUCCCUCUCUUCCACACCCGGCAUGCAGAGGAGAGCGCAGAGAGGCCCCAUCUGGUCACCAUUGUCCGCCCCUGUGGUCAAAGCACAUUACGCAAGGUAACAGUCCUGUUGAACCGUAGGGGUGUGGUGUCCUUCGAGCAGCUGCUAUUGGAUAUUUCUGAGGCGUUGGGGUUUCCUCGUUGGCACAGAGCUAGAGUCACACGCCUGUACACGAUCCAUGCUCGAGAGGUCAAGGGCGUGUGUGAUUUUUUCAGAGGCGAGGUGGCCUUCUUGGCGCUGGGGAAGGCUCGCCCAGAGCUGAGCAGUGUGCAGGAGGCUCUGGAGGAGCUGUUUCCAGAACAUUCCCAUUACCGGGCUGACGCUCUGCGGGCGUGGGAGAAGAGACUUCGUCCAGCACCAGAUAAAGCAGCUAAAGCUGACAGUGGAUACAGCGAGGGGACAGACAGCAGUGAGACACACGAUAACCAAGACACACACCAGGACACGAAUGUCAAAAAUCCACCUCACCACAUAGACACACACAAGCGUGAAAAUUACAACUCAGACUCUCAUAAGUGUCAUAAAAAGAAUUCAGGCGGAAAACCUGCUCACCGUCCGAACCACCUGCAGAGACUGCGUGCGAGGGGAGGGGUCACAGAGCGACAGCCCUCUGUUAGUGGUCCAUUUAAACAUGAAGAAGGUCUUAGAGAAGCUGACAUACCCUCGCCUACUCUGUGUGAAAACUGCUUUGCAAGGAGAGUUAAAUAUCAGUGUCCAGAACGGAUCAAUCCACUGUCAGGGAAGGUCCCACUUCCUCCUGUUUCGAGAAAACAAAAAGGAAGCCCUUACACAGAACAGCAAGUGAGAAAAGUGUAUGUUCACACCAGCUCUCCAUCUCCUCAGCCAAUCAGCACAGAGGACAAGAGUGCUGGCCAGUUACAACUUUCAGAUCCACCUCCAAACGUGGGCCAAGCAUACAAGGACAAACAGCAGAGGACAUCCUUUGACCUUCCUGCAGACAGCAGUGAUGUCACCCUGGCCGAUAUUGAACGCUGGUAUGAAAUUGGACGCGUGGUUGGAGAUGGCAACUUUGCAGUAGUGCGAGAGUGCCACCAACGCGACAAUGGACAAACCCUUGCAGUGAAGAUUGUCGAACGCUCCAAGCUGAUUGGUCGAGAGCACAUGAUGCAGAAUGAGCUGAGCCUCCUGGGUAGCCUCUGUCACCCUCGCAUAGUGCGGCUUUUUGCACACCACCACACACACACUCACUCCUACCUGGUGAUGGAGCUGGUGAGUGGGGGGGAUCUGUUUGAGGCCAUCAGUGAGAAGGGGAAGUUUUCAGAGGCAGAGGCAGGACUGAUGGUGUCAGAUGUGAGCGAAGCACUGAAUUACAUCCACAGCAAAAGUAUUGUGCACCGAGACCUCAAACCGGAAAACCUACUGAUAGAGGGCGUAGCUGCUGGCACCUGUAGGCUGAAGCUGGGAGACUUUGGACUUGCCAUGGUUGUGACUGAACCAGUCUUCACUAUAUGUGGCACACCCACUUAUGUAGCCCCAGAGAUUCUCUGUGAGACAGGUUAUGGCAUUGCAGUGGAUGUAUGGGCGCUGGGUGUUAUUCUCUAUAUCCUGCUGUGUGGAUUCCCUCCAUUUCGCAGUCGGGAUCGGGACCAGGAAGAGCUCUUUCAACUAAUAAAACAGGGACAACUCCACUUCCUGUCCCCUUACUGGGACCCCAUCUCUGAAGAAGCCAGAGGCCUUGUCCGAGCUCUGCUUCAGCCAGACCCCACAGUGAGGCUGACAGCAGAGCAGACUUUUCUGCAUCCUUGGGUGAAGGCUAUGGCUUCGAUCUGCAGGCAGAGGGCGCUCACAGACAAAGCUCAGAGGGACACAGCAGAUACCGGAGCAGAAUCAGACAGAGUCCAAAGACAAGCUCAAACCAGUGCAGCAGACACCAAGACAGCCAAAACAUGUGGACACACCAGGGGUGAGAAAGAAACUGCACAUAAAAAACUCAGCAGACAUGAUGAGACACAAACUGAGAUGAAUACAGGAAGACGACAAGAUGAGGACAAACCACCACUGGAACAAACAAAAGAGGCGGUUCAUACUAUGUCUCUACGGUUCAAAGUUCAUUCACCUUCAGAGGUCACACCUGCUCAACAGAAACUAGAGUGCAUCUCUACAGACUCUGGCUCACACAUCAGAAAGUCAAGCAGAGCUGAAAUACAGGAUCCAGGUCCCAAGUUGUCAAACACAGACUACAUUCCAGGCAGUCUAACCAGUCUGGGUGUUGAACUCAAUCAGCCUGAUGACCCUUCAUCCCAAGUUGAUCCUCCAUCCCAGAUUAAGACACAAUCAGAACAAAACAGCCAACAGCAGUCAACUUCAUAUUCACCACCUUCAACCAUUCAGACACAACAAACCACAGUGGGUCACUCAAUGCAGCACCAGCCAUCCUCCAGUCCGGCUGCAGCUUCUUCAUCUCACCCAUCCGAAAACUAUGUUGAGCCAGUCGUUCACACUAACACCACACACCAAACCACACAGUCUUGACCUCACUGUCAAUCUCCUGUUUAACUGUGUGAUUAGAUCAGACUACUUUCAUUGUCCUACACAAAACCACUGAUUUCUCAGCAGUUGAAUCCUGGAAUGACCUGCAGAUGAUGUAAUUUACUCUCUUGGGAUUGAAUAGGAUUUGAUUGAUGAGGUUUCAUGAGUCACACAAAUGUGUGUAAUCGAUGUAUCCCGCAAUCAUAAGUGCACCAUAAGAUGUUAUGUAAUGACGGUAUGAGUUCAUCUAGCAUUACAAGAGGAGGAUGGGAAGUUGUGAAGUAUUGUGAACAGCAUGUUGAAAUUGAUAGAAUAGAGUUGAUCAAGUAGGACUCAAUUUGGGGUUAAACAUAUUUGCAGUUUAUCAUUGUUUCUAAUGUUGCGGUGCAUCCAAGAAAAAACUUUUUUUGUCAAUUUGUUUGGGUAGUUCUUUUAUUUUUUCCAUAAAUCAUGUUUAACUUUGAGGAUAUGAUAUGUUAUUGUGUCUGCCAUUCCUAGUGGUAGCUAUUUUUGCUUGUAUGUAUGACCUGCUGACCCAUCCUCCUUUUAUAACCCUUAGAGACUGUGCUAGGAUAAUUUAUCUAGCAGCAUUUGUUUACUGUACAUGUAUACACUAGAAAUGUCUAUACCAAGAAUUUUAGUCCUAGUAAAGGUUUGCCAUAAUUGCUGAACUCUUGAAUGCCAUCUUUCCUCCAAUACGUUUACUGUAUGUAUUUUGUACUAGGUUGGCUUGGCAACAAACUACUGCUGAUAUGAACUGAUAGUCUUGACUUCUGGCACUGUACCUGUGUUAUGAAUCUGUGGCAAUAUGUGGACAAAUAAAUGCAUCCAGUGG